UAGCCUUCUGUCAGUUUCAAGCCGCACUGUGUGCACGACGCCGGGUUUUUGGAUUUCUAGAUUGCGAUACUUUGAUUCAUUUUCAGAUAAACAUGUCUGAGAAGAAAAAGGAAGGUAGCGAGGCUGAGCCUGAAGAAGAAUUCUCUGUGGAGAAAGUUCUUGACAGAAGGGUUCGGAAUGGAAAAGUGGAGUACUUCCUAAAAUGGAAGGGAUACAGUGACGCGGACAAUACAUGGGAGCCGGAAGAGAAUCUCGACUGUCCAGAUCUUAUCCAAGCUUUUGAAGAGGCUAGGAAAAAAAAAGAAGCUGCUGGCCCAGGAAUAGGACAAUCUGAGGGCAAAACUGCAAAGGUGGAUAAAGAUGUGAAGAAACGCAAGUCUACUGCAGCAACGCCAGACCUCAAAGGUGCUAAAAAGUCCAAGAGUGAUGACAAGAAAGCAUCUGGCUUUGACCGUGGUCUCGAGCCAGAGAAGAUUAUUGGAGCAACAGACAGCAGUGGAGAGCUGAUGUUCCUGAUGAAAUGGCAAGGCACGGACGAAGCGGACCUCGUGCCGGCCAAGCAGGCCAACGUGAGGUGCCCGCAGGUCGUCAUCCAGUUCUACGAGGAGAGGCUCACCUGGCACACGCCGGCGCCUGAUGAUGCCAACAACGAUGACUAGAUUUAACUGCUGGAAGGUUGUGGAGGUGAAAAUAUUCCAUUACUGUGGUACCGAAACAGUGUUUAGUUUUAUUCUGAUUCAUUUAAACUGUUCAUGCAAAAUAUACCUCGUUGGUUGGGAAUGAUACGUUAUUGGUAUUGUUAUUCAUUUUCGAAAAUGGUUCUUAUAAACAACCGAUGAAUUAUCUUUUUGCUUGAGAAAGUUAUGCCCAUUCUUAGAAUCUAUUAUGAAAUGUAUCAUAAGGGCUCACAGCGUUGCUGUCCUAUUGUGUAAAUGGAUCAAACGCUGGACAAACUGUGGACAAUACAAUACUAGCUAACGACUCUGGUACAUACAUGGUGUUUAUUUAGUCACCUGCAAUAAUUUACAGGCUGAAUAUAAGUGACUAAAGAAACAUCAUGUAUAUAUCCCGUUUAUCUUAUUGUCUCUAGUCCCAAACAAAAAUAUCCUACUUGUAAGGGCCCUCCCUUAACUUUGCCAUAUCUACAGGAAAGACGCAAAUAAGUUAAGCAUACUAUAAAAUGUGUAUGAUCCAUAUGCCCAAUUUGGGUAGUAUCCGUUAUUUUAUAAAACUGAUUCUAUUGAAAUACAUAUAUAAAUCCGUGUUACUUUUACUCUCAAAAAUAGAUUCUACACAACUCUUUUCCAAUCCAUAUUUUUGAGUGUGCUUGUAGCACAGAUGUUUUUGGGUCAUUAUGGUUAAACUUCAUUUGCAUAACCUGUAUUCAAUUUGUAAUACUUACUGGUACAUUUAAUGUAUGUUGAUUACAUUAUGUACAUGAACGAGUUGUGAAAUACGCUGGUAAUAGACAUGUUUAAAAUGAAAGUAAACUUAAGAAUGUUUCUGGAUUUGUGGAUUUACGCAAAAAGUUAUGUGGAUAUAGAUUAAGAAUCAAUCAUAAGCAAAUGAACUGAAAAUAAUUUCGUUAAAAAUUUCAAACUAAAUAAUUUUUUAUCCUAUGACUUGUUUGCUACCCAUUGAGAAGGAUACAGUUCAUUUUGUCUUAUCUUCUAAUUAAAGAUACUAGGUUAAGUGACCAGGCAAUAAAAGUGUUUGCCAA